UUUUUUUUUAAUCUCUUUUUCUCCUUUAUUGUUGUACCUUAUCAAAAACAUGACCAUCACCAAAACCAUCACUCAAGAUAAACAACAACACUUCAAAGGUCCUAUCUUUGAAUCAGAUUCUCCUGAACCUACUUUACUCAAAGUCACUAAACUGGAUCCAAUAAAAGACUAUAGAACUCAACCAUGGAAAAAUGGACUAGGUACUACUUCUGAAAUAGGUAUAUACCCUCCUGAAAAAGAUUUCACUUUGGAUUCCUUCUUUUGGCGUUUUAGUAUUCAUACCAUCAAAGAUAAUUGUUAUUUUUCUUUAUUUCCUGGUUAUGAUUGUACUACCAUUGUUCUUCCAAAUGAAAAUAAUGCUACUUUCAAAUUGAAUCAUCAAGAUCGUGAAAACUUUAGUACUAUCAAACCUCUUUUCCCUUAUACUUGGCAUGGUGAAUGGGAAACUCAUUGUAGAAUGAAGAAACAACCCGUAACAACUCUUCAAUUCAUGAUCAAACGUGACCUUGGCAAGGCUCAAUUCUAUGUGGAGAAGAUUGGUCAACCUGUAUCGAAUGAAAGUGGAGAAACUGGUAAAAGACUGAUUCUUGGUGUAUUUUGUCUAGUGUAUGUAGUGGAAGGUCAUGUUAGGAUUAGUUUGGAUGAUAGUACACAUCAGUCGCGUGUUCCCAUGAUGGCUGGUCAAACGCUUUGUAUUGAACGUGAUGAAGAUGCUAGUCCUACCAAUAUGAUGAUUCAAGCCUCAGAUGAACAAGGCAUUGUGGGCAAUGAUGAUACUGAUGCCAAUGUAGUUAUUAUUCAAAUCUCAGAAACAAAACAGCAUGAAACUUCAAGUAUCAGUACAACCUCAGAAUAUUUUACUUCCCCUCAUUCCACCAAUAACAAAUUCACUGGGACCCCUUCUACAACUACCACUCCUAUUACUCCAUCAUCAACAGCAACAACAACAACAACAACAACAACAACAACAACAGCAAUGACGGAAUAUGAUGCACCUAGCGCUAGAAGACGAAGGGAUGGAACACACGAACGACGACGAAGUUCUCUUGUUUUAUAUGAUGAUCAAGGAAAAUCCGCCAAACCCAAACAGGAUUUAGUCCUUGAUGACGAUUCGACGAGUUCUACAACGAUAAUAGCUGAUAUCACAAAAUCUGAAAACAAAGAAACUUCCUUAGAUGCCAAAUGGACUGAUCAAUUGAAACAAACAACAACAAGUAUUGAUGAAGCUGUACGAAGAGAUAGUGUGGCCACCCUAUUACGAGGUUCUUUGGAUCCAGCACAAAUGUAUGUUCCUCCUACUGCUGCUUUGAUGAAUAAAGAUACCGAUGUCCCACCUCCUGUGGUUCGUGAUCGCUUGGUGAUUGAAGACUAUGCCGAACAUACUGUUAGUACUGCAUGGAUAAAAAUGAUUGAACAAGGACUUUCUGAAUGGAUUCGAUUACCAGUGAUCAUAUGUCGUGGUUCUGAUGAUGGACCUGUUGUUGGUAUUACGGCGGCUGUUCAUGGCAACGAACUUAAUGGUGUACCCUGUAUUCAUCGCGUGGUAUCUGAAAUUGAUGUGCACAAAUUGAAAGGAACAGUGGUGGCAAUUCCAUGUGUCAAUGUGGUAGGUUAUCUCAAGUUCCAACGUGAAUUCGCUGAUGGCCGUGAUUUGAACCGUCAAUUUCCUGGAAAAGAAGAUGGCUUUUCUUCUCAAGUAUAUUGUUAUCAACUGAUGCAUAAAAUCAUUUCUCAAUUCAAUUAUCUGAUCGAUUUACAUACGGCUAGUUUUGGACGUAUCAAUUCUUAUUAUGUCAGAGCAGAUAUGAACGAUAUUGCUUCUGCUACUUUGGCUCAUUUACAACAACCUCAAAUUGUACUUCAUAAUUCUGGUCAAGAUGGUACAUUACGUUCAGCUGCAAGUGCUCGAGGAAUCAAAGCCAUCACGGUGGAAAUCGGCAAUCCACAAUUGUUUCAAAAUCAAUAUGUUCAGUGGUCUUACUUUGGUGUGAUGAGGAUAUUGGAUCAUUUAGAAAUGUAUGCAUUGACCAAAGAACCCAAAGAAGAUCAAGACAAUAGAAUGAGUCAAGGACCACCUAGUACGAUUCUUUGUUCCAAAGGAUUCUGGAUUUAUACUCGAACAGGUGGAAUUUUGGAAGUAUAUCCUGGUGUUAAUAGUAUCAUUCGAAAGGGUGAUACCAUUGCUCGAGUUAAGAACAUUUUUGGCAAUUUGGUCGAUACUUAUUUUGCUCCUUGUAGUGGCAUUGUGAUAGGAAGAAGUUCCAAUCCCGUGGCAAUGGCAGGCGAUCGUAUUCUUCAUUUAGGUGUUAUCAAGAAAAAGGGUGAAGUGUUACCCAAAGAAGCCAAGGAAAACUAUUAAUGAUGGAAACUGCUGGGAUAUGGAAUUGACGGUCGUCUGAAUUUAGUUAUAGUGUUUAUUUUUUUGUUGACUUUUCUCGUAUAGUGUGAUAAUAUGAACCGGAUUUGAAAAUAUAUGCGUUUAUUAUAUCAUCUUAUUAAAUGAUUAUUAUGAAAAAAAAAAAAAAGAUAUA